AUGGGGAUUGAAGAAUUUACGUAUAAACCAAAUCCAAAAAAUAUUAUAAUAGCUUUAAUAACAGAAGAGUAUCCAUCAAUUAGUUGUGAAGGUGAUGAAAAAGUUGAAUUAUAUAUAAUCAAAAACGCUUUUUAUUUUAAAUCAUUUACAAGUAAAUUAUUACAAAAGAAUACGAAUUCAAUAAUAAUUAUAGAAUUCGAGUCACUUCAGUCUAUUUCCGAAUGGUAUCAUAUAUUUCAUGAUUUGAAUAAAGUUGACGAAAGUGAAUAUAAAUUACAACAAUUAAUAAUAAUAUCAAUUGAUCCAAAAUACUUAUCAGAGUUGACUAUUCAAUCUACAAGAAUACUUCAACUAUUAAGAAUAAUGAGUUUAAAACAUGGUUGUGCUAUAAUAUCGAUUAGGAAUUUGUUGAAUUAUUUAAAAACUCACAAAAUUGAGAAAUUAACAAAGUUAAACAAAGUCUCUGUAAAACCCAAUUUCGAAGAAUCAACGAUACAUGAUGAUGAUUUCCUACUUUACAUACCAAGUUCUUGGGAUUCCUGGAAUAAAAUUAUAGUUCAUGGUAAAUCUACAUUAUUUUCUGACGAUGAUAGAAAUGACGGAAUUAUUCGAGAUGAAAAGCAAUUACAAGAGUUGGAUAGUAAAUAUGAGGACUUUUUAAGUAACGAUGAUCCAACCAAAGAUUGGUCAAAGUAA